AUGUUUGGUGUAAUCUCAAGAGUUGCUUACAAGAAUGUGCCUAACUGGCAUAGGGAUCUGGUUCGAGUGUGUGAAAACAUGCCCACGGUGCUGUGUGGCAACAAAGUGGACAUCAAGGACAGGAAAGUGAAAACCAAGUCCACUGUCUUCCACCGAAAGAGGAACCUUCGGUACUACGACAUGUCUGUCAAAAGUCACUCCGACUUUGACAAGCCCUUCCUUUGGCUGGAUAGAAACCUCAUUGGAGAUCUUAACUUGGCGUCUGUGGCCGUGCCUGCUCCUGCCCCACCAGAGGUGGUGAUGGACCCAGCUUUGGCAGCACACGAUGAGUGUGACUGA